AUGUCUCAGGUAGACCCACCCUCCUUAAUUGAGCCUUUGGAGGUCACCUCUGACACCUCUGGCCCAGCUGAGGGGGGUGACGUUGCUGCUGACAACACAGCAGCCACUCAUCGCUCACCGUGCUUGGAGACCCCUACUGGGUUUCCACCUCGGCUGUCUUCGUCGCCUCUGGAGCCUGUUGCUAUCGACUCCGGUGCCGGUGGGGGUGGUGACACUGGGGGUGCGGACAGUGCGGGAGGCGACUCUGACGGUGCUGGUUCUGGAGGUGCUGAGUCUGGAGGUGCUGGUUCUGGAGGCACUGAGCAUCCUGGUGGUGGAGGAGUCGUCGAUGCUUCUGUCCGAGGUUCUGGUGGUGGCCAGCAGCAGCUGACUCGUCGACUUAAGGCUCUCUCACCGCAGCAGCUUCGCGAGUGGGUUACUAGGCGGUUCCGCUCUGGUGGCGAUGCUGGAGGCGCUGGUGCUGGAGCUUCUGCGGCUGACGCUACUGGUGGUACUGGUGCUGGAGGCGCCGGAGCUAGAGUUACUAGAGGUGCACGGGGCUCCGAGGUUGGAGGUACUGGUUUUGGAGGUACUGGAGGUACUGGAGGUUCUAUCGGUGCUGUAUGUCUUGGUGCUGGAGCUACUGGAGAUGUCCGUGCUAGAGUCACUGGAGCUGGAGGUACUGGCACUGGAGGUACUGGCCAGCAGCAGCUGACUCGUCGACCCAAGGCUCUCUCACCACAGCUGCUUCGCGAGUGGGUUACUCGGCGGUUCCGCUCUGGUGGUGACGCUGGAGGCGCUAGUAGUGGAGCUCCUAUGGCUGACGCUACUGGUGGUCCUGGUGCUGGAGGUGUUGGAGCUGUCGGUGCUGGAAGCACUGAACCUGUAGGUACUAGUACUGGAGGUAGUGGAAAUACUGGUGCUGGAGGUGCUGGGGACGCUGGAGCUAUAGGUUCUGGAGCUGGCGCUGCUGGUACUGGAGGUAAUGGACCUGGAGGUAAUCGUGCUGGAGGCACCGGAGCUGGAGGUACUGGAGGUGCUAUAGGCGCUGGGCCGGAAGGUCCUGGUGCUGGAGGUACUGGAGCUGGAGGUGCUGGUGCUGGAGGUACUGGAGCUAUACGUACUGGUACUAGAGGUGCUGGAGGUACUGGAGGUCUUGGAGCUGGAGGUGCUGGAGGUGCUGGUGCUGGAGGUUCUUAG